AUGGAAGAUGAUCCCCCUUCUCCCACCGAUGAUGGCGGCAGGCUCACCAACGAGCCCACCAUCAUCGCCUUUGAUAACAGCGGCGAGGGCCCGCUCUGCGUGCCCGGGUUUGGCGCUAUCCCUCUGGAUUAUGAGCUCCCGCCCGAGGCGCGCUUUGCCCACGGAAACAAAGAGUGGCGUCAGGCACCCGCUGUUACGGCACGUGAGCUGACUAUGACCACAGUAAUGAACCGUGUGACUGACAUCCCGAACUGGCAUGUUGACGUCUUCAAUGGUGUGGUCGUAGCGCGCUGGCGGCAAGACAGCACCGCCUCCAUCGAGAUGAAUCCCCUGCUGAGUGACCGGGCUUGGACCUGGUGCGUGCGGGAACUACGCGAUAAGGCCGUCGAAUAUCGUCAGAAAAGACAUAUCCGGGUGUUUGACACUGGGUCCUGCGUUUGCAAGUCUGAUCAUGUUCCUGCGCUUGGAACGGGGGAGUUGGCUGAUGAGUUCCAACGUGCAGUAUUACCGGUGCUACGGACCCUCAUCCAAUCCAGCUUGUUGGAUUGGCGGUCAAAGUGUACACUAAGUAUCGUCGACCCGAACUUGUUUCCACUAGUAUAUGGGCAGAGCUUGGUUUUGGCCGAUAGGGCUCGAGUGGAGAUAGAGAAUGUGCUGGGCGCGUAUAAAGGAGCAACAAGCCUUGCGCCAACUCAGUUCGACAAGAGGACAGAUUUGGCGGAUGUCAAGAGGCAGAUUGCACAGACUUCUCAGCCUCACCUGGGAGUCCAUCCAAACUUUGGAACAGUGCCUCAAUAUCGAUGGAGCGCGAAUUAUCAGGCCCUGCCGUGUGAAGUAGAGUUUGUCGGGGAUGCAGGGUCGACGACGGUGCGCCUCACCUCAUAUAUCAACAAUUUGCACCCGAUGCACCAGAACCUCUACCGUUCAAUUGAAACCCUAGUGGGCCGGGCAAUUCCGUUGUGGAAUGACUGUCUGGUGCCGGGACAGCGCGGCUGGAGCGAUAUCCUGAAUCAAGGCCAGUUGGGGCCGGUGCCACUACGGAUCAUUACUUAUGGGGUAGAAUGGGAGAAUGAGCUUCCCGAAUGGCUGCUCGCCUUCCGGGUUCCAUCGGAGCAUAGGAAAUCGAUGUACCGCAAAAUCCGAGAAGCGCUUUUGAACAGUGCGGGAGACAACACGGAAGAGGGCCACAAAAGCUACCGGCUGGCGCAAAAACGGCUGGAAGGCUAUCCAGACGUGGAGCGAAACGCAGACAAGGAGUUGCCACCCCCAGAUUCAGACCUCUGGCAACGCGCAAAGCAGUAUCUCGAGCUCCCCGAGGAUGGAUCGGCCACUCCCGUUCCUGCCCCAGAGGAUUGGAAGCAAUACCCCUGGAAUAUGAUCGAAAGGAAGGCCAAGCGCCUACUGCGCUUCCGCCACCCAGAGCCAGGGACCGCAUUUUCUUACGAAGAGUGGAAAACGGCGGGCCACAAUGAGAGACCUGUGGUUGAUCUCCCAGUCACGCCUCCCCACAAACCAUCUACCAUUCGGCUUCAGGACACUUUCCGCUCGCAAGGACUGCAAAUAAUUGUCAGCAUGGAGAACAUUGAGCUUUCGCCUGGCAACCCGGAGUACACAGGAAAGAAAUGGGACAUGGAAGGCCAGCUCAACGAGCACGUGGUAGCUGUUGCCAUCUUUGCAUACGAUAUCGACAAUAUCACCGGACCCCAGAUCACCUUCCGUCAGAAUACCAAGCUAGAUGAAGGCUUUUAUCGAUAUAGGGAGGAUAAAGAGCAAGGGCAAAAGUGGCAUCCCCGAUUGCAGCCCGCUCAUAGAUGUGGGAAAGACGGCUCAGAUUUCAAUCAAGUGGCGGAGAUCCUGGGAUAUAGAGGCUGGGACCUGGACACCAAUAACCAAGGAGUGAGGACAUGGCAGGAUAAAGGUGCAGUUUCGGUCUCGCAAGGCCGUUUGAUCGCAUUUCCCAACGUCCUAGAGCACGGCGCUAAUCACUUCUCCCUGACUGAUCGGACUCGGCCAGGACAUUAUCGUUCCAUCACGUUGUAUCUGGUUGACCCUCACUAUCGCGUCUGCUCCACCCGCAAUGUGCCCCCGCAGCAGCAUCACUGGUGGUCACAAGAGGUAGGUGAGGACCUGAAAACUGCCGGUCUACCAAAAGAGAUAGUUGAUGAGAUCAUGCAAAACACAAGCAACUGGCCUAUGGGGUUGCCGGAAGCCCGGCGGCACCGCCAGGCAUUUUUGAAAGAGCAGCACUGGAACAAAUUGGUCAGGAUAAAUACCAUGGAGUAUCCGUACUUCAAUUGUUGA